UUUUGCUAGGGACAUACAUAUAGAAAGAAAUAAUGAAAAUUUUCCCUAGAUACAAAGGGAGUAAAACAAACGUAUAUUUUAUGCCACCUUCGUUAUCAAGAAAUCUAAUUAGACAGGAAGAUGUGUUAUAUACCUAUGUAUAUGUUAAAGACAUUGUAUAUUUCAUGAACAUUAUAAUCUUAAUUAAACCAUGCAUCUCUUGUAUUGGAAAGGCGGCUGUAAAAGUGACGUUGACAUUCGUUAUUGGAGAUGAACAGCAUUCGACUUAUUAUUGGUCACGAUGUAUUAAUUUAAGAGGGAAUUCAAGUUUAUCUCCUCGAUAAACUUGAAUCGUUUAUCUGGGGGCCUAUAUGUCAUUUUAAGGUGUCGGGUCAGAGGGCAUUUUUGUAAUUGCACGUUAUAAUUGAUAAGGAUCGUUAUCCCAGACGUUAACAUCCUUUGACUGCAGUCUACACCCCCUGGCUCUGGUUAACUAAUUUAACUCGUCUUCCUCAAUAACAUCCAUUUCCCAAACCCCUGUCUAUGAGGUUAUUUAUUGACAUCAGCGGUAUCCAUAUCAAUUCUAUUGUGUUGGAUAGAUUGGAGGGUGAUUGGGAUGCUGAUGAAGAAGAAGAAUUUAAGACGCUUUUCCUCAUGGUUGCUCUUCAAAUGGUCCUAUGUCCUACUCAGUCACCAAGACUAGCUGCUGAUCUUGUCCCUGCAUUGACGUGUGCUCGUGAAUGUGCGAAAUAUGAUUGGUGUGGUCUUUUAUUGAACAAACUCAUGGACAGUGUGCUGAAUUUUGCUUGUCGUUUUUACGGUACUGGGUUUGCUAGUGGUUGUGGUGGAUGCACCAUGUUCUUAGUGGUACAUACUUUCAAAAACCAUGUAUAUUUAUUAAAGAUGUUGGAUGUGGUGUAUGGUGAGCAACAUCCUCUGGCUGCUAGAGACACAAAUGGACCAACACACCAAACGGAGGUUGGGUUUGCUAUUGAGAAUCCUCAUGACUGCAAAUUAAAGAAAAAGAGGAGGGGUGCUACAAGUAAUAAGUCUCCCCAUGACCGUAAAGCUGAAAAGGCACUCAUAUCACCUAAACUUGGUUCUUCCAACUGCCCUUUACCUGUUAUGGAUUGUCUGUUUGUGAGGUUACUGUUUUUUCUGGUAUGAAUGAGAGAUUUUGGAUACCGAUACAAAUUCACCCGUCAUGUAGAAAUCUGUUUAGAGCACGUUGCACUGCACGAUACAAAUUCACCCGUCAUGUAUAAAUUGUGUUAUUUGACCUGUCCUGGUUUUGUAAAUACUAAAUAUGGACUUCUUCAUUGUUUCAGCUGAUGAAUAUCCGGAAUUUGUUGGGCGAACGAUCAUUGAGUUUUUUCGCGAAGUUGACAGGAUGGAGCAUUACGAUUUUGAAUAAUAACCCUGUACGUGUGUCGGAGAAUCCUUCUGAUGCAAAAACUUCAUUGAAUUUGAAAAAUUAAUGAUCACAACCCCCAUGCUCUGUACUCCGUAUAUUCCAAAGGCAUUUAGUUCUCUGCAUAUAACCCGUGCCAUGUGAACUGAGACACGCGUUUCAGUUAAGAAUAUAGUGUCCGACAUAUUCAUUUCAAUGAGCUUGGAAAUAAUUGGCAGAAAUGAAUCACGUGCCAUGUUCCUGCAGUUCCACACAACGUAUCUUGAAUCCUUUUCAGUGCUUGAAUCAGUACGUACAUAGAAUGACAUUUUGAUAUUCGCGACCACCAUUCUGAUUCAUGUGUAACAACAAACAAAGAAUAGCCACAGUGUGUUUGAAACAAUUUCAAGUCGUGUGAGUAGUUGUUAAUAGUUAUACGGUUUUCCCCUAUAUCAAGGACACAACUUUCAUGACAAGCUGGGAGUAUUGAAGGAGGGUCUAUCAUUGACAUGAUUGAUUUAGGGACGAUGUGAUGCACUUUUAUCCCUCCCAACCCUCCUUCUUUCCUCAACAUAUGUCUCACGAAUAUCUUCAAAGGCAAUGGAAGAAGUGCUAAAUCUGGAAUGUAGGAAGGACAAACCUUGUUUCCUUUUGUGAUAACAACAUCUUUAUUGCAGUGCAGUCCUUCAGAUAUCCAACCUGCGACAGCUCGAGCUUCUACAAUCUUCACAGCAACCUUGUCAUCCCAACUCAAAUACGGACUACGCAAUAACCCCAACAACCCCUUGUGAACUGAAAAAUUACCGACAACCGGGUUUGGUGGUCGGUAGCUUAACUGCAAUUUUCGUGUUAUCGUUAUUGGUAAUGGUCGUACGAUGAAUGUGGGUUUUAAUUUUUUGUCGUAUUGAUCGUUGUUGUUGUAGCUAGUUUUCCUCUUCAAUGGUUUGAUUAGAGAGGACCUUAUAUGUAGAUCGUAUUCAUCCAUAACUGAAUGCUCUUGGGAAUAGGGUUAAAGAUGGUGUGAUAUGUGUUCUUGCUGAA